AAGAAAAAGAAAAGAUAGCAGAGGAUUACUAGUACAUCUUCUUCGGAUUGGAAUCAAUCUGCUAACUUGUAUACAUAAUCUCGAUCACAUCCCAGGUCCCCAGUCCGGAUCGUGUGAAGUCCAUGGCGGAUCUGCAGGGGCGUAUUGACCAGGAGGAUCCGCAUAAGGAGAAUCUGCAUCUCAUGCCAGAGGAACAGGAGCAACCCCGUCAGUCUCAAGUUGCAAUCUCACGGGCUGCUUUAAAGGGAAAGUACGCAAGGAGUCGACCUGCAGGUUGGGCUACCGAGGAAAGGAGUAGUACUCCUCAAGAUUUCAACAUGGAGCAGCAUGCUUGGAGGUUUAAGCCAUGUUUCCCCAAAACCACGUGUUUCUAUGAUGCCCCAUAUCCUAUUAAUUUUGGACGUCCAGUUGUACUGAGGAAGAGGACAGAACCUGAGGAGGUAAGGAAUGCACGCCGUGAAAAAAGAAUUGCGCUCAGACAAAAGGAUGCACGUCACCAUGCCAAGCUAGCUCUGCGUAAAUAUAACAGAGUAAACAACACCAAGUUUGAGCUGCUGGAGGUACGAGCAAUCUGCUUGUUUUUUGAGUUUGGAUCGAGUUGCUUCCACUAUAACUUCACAGCAAAGUCUGAGGAUCGCCAUUCUGCUGAUGCUGGCAGUACCAAGCUCUUCUUCUCUGAAGUUAACGGCGAUUUUCGGAGUGAGAAGGAUGUGCUGCUGUGCUGUAUAGUUGGGGAAAACGAUGCAGGGCAUUGCUAUGGCUGCGAAGUCAACCAGCCAGUGGUUGUCCACCCAAGCAGCCAGGCAUACGGCGGUGGUAGUAGUACCUGCAUUAACCUUCCAUGUUCGGACGGCUCAAGCUCAGACAGUGAGUAGUACCUAAUGUGAAGAGCUCGAUGAUUAGCUGGCUUCUGUCUUUAUCAAUCCUCUGGUGUGUCUUGGCUUGCUCUUGGGAAGAAAAAUGUACUUGUUGUGGCAAUACCUUUUA